CAAAGAUGCAGCACAUGAUGAGUCCUGUCAUAUCUAGACACCAUCCGCUUUCACCUUCUGUUUACUGAAACUGCCGUCCUUCCUAAACCAAAGAUAUGGAAAAAAGUGCGAUCAUGGCGCUUAUCCGCAAGUACCUAUGGUUAUGGGUGGUCGUUGGCAUGGUUUUCGUGUCUGUGAUGAUCAGCAUCAUCUUCCUUUUCAUCUGCAAGUGCAUAUCAAGAAAAAGAGGCAGACACAAAAUCAACGAUUUGAAAAAGGAAUUCAACUUCAAAACUGAGAGCAACAAAUACCAGGAGACAAACAUUGAAACAGGCAUUCCUCCUCUACCUCCGCGGACACAGUUUCUCAUAGCAGAAGCCCAAAGCUACGAGAACCUGGCUGAGGAGAGCCAGAGCAUCCACGACUACGAGGAUGGCAACUGUGAGCAGAAUGUAAGCAACCAUGAGGAAAGCAUCCACGACUACGAGGAUGGCAACUGUGAGCAGAAUGUAAGCAACCACGAGGAAAGCAUCCACGACUACGAGGAUGGGAACUGUGAGGAGAAUGUAAGCAACCACGAGGAAAGCAUCCACGACUACGAGGAGAGCACAGAACUCCAGGCUGACUACGUCAAGAUGGAGGGAGACAUAAUGUUUCCUCCUCCUCCAGUCUUCGACAGCAUGAGCGGUAGUGUUUUGGAGGCCCAAAGCUAUGAGAACCUGGCUGAAGAGAACGACUAUGUGGAGAGCGUGGACAAUCAGCCGGACUAUGUGAAGAUGGACGAGGAAGAUCAAGCAGGAGACAACAUCUCCACGGAAGACUAUGAUGACAUCGGGGGUGAAGAACAGGAUGAGGAGGACUAUGAUGAUGUGGGAUAAAACCCAACACAACGAGAUGGAGACACUUUUGAAUUCUGCUGAGCAGAAAUUAUCCUUACCGCAGAUUUCUCUUGUCAUUUUGUAUUUUUUUAAUAACAUUCAUUAAGAAAAAAGAAAAUAAUCGAAGUACUGAAGACACUGAAAUCUGCCGAGUGGUGUCGAGACAACUGGUUUGAUCUUUAAGACGGUGAUUCUUUUUAAUAUAUCGCAAAAAAUUCUGUUUUUCAUCUGAAUGUUGUAAUCAUUGUUUGUUUGUUUUUUACUGAAUACAUUAACAAGCAGUGACUUGCACAGGGUCCCAGAUUAGGAUGAUAUCUGGGUUUGCAAACUACAUAUGAAAGCAAUCAAACAAUAUUUCUUUGUCUUCUUCUGACUUAAAUGUCAGAAGAAACUAAGAUCUUUAGUUUUAAACAUGAAGCUUUUGCAUAUAUCAUGUGUAGAUCAUUCCCAUGCUUUUUGAGAAGGACAGGCCAUGUUGCUGGAGGCUUUCGUUAUGCUCAGUUUGGCGAGAUUUGGUACUUUUUUAAUGAGCUGAAUCAACUAGAUCAACAGUGUAAGUAAGGUUUUUGUUGUAUGAAACACAAAAAAACUAUUGGAGCUUCAAAUUUGAUCCAAACUAAACAUAAGACUGCCACGACCUGUUUGAAAUCUGAAAGUCUGUAACUGCAAGAGCCUGAGAUGUUUUUCUUUCUUUAUGUGUUUGUUGAUUUAUUUAUACACAUGAACAUUGAUAUAAGAUUAAUAUGUAUUUUUUUGGUUUUUUUGCUUCUUUUCUAAACUAAAUAUCAGUGUAAAGGGGGUCUCCCCCUGUCCAGAUCCCAAACAUUAUCAGUGAAGCGUCUGACUAUCAAUCAUAUGGUGGGUUUGUUUACUUUUGUAUAUCAGUUGGUCCGUUUGAGUGGUUAAUGAAUGGGGGAAUCAGCAGGCAGUGAUGACAUGUAUGCAUGAUCAGAUCCCGAGCAGUGAGUGAGUGGGGCACAGGGGCAGUGAUUACAGUGUUUGGUUAUAUGUAUGCACAGUAUCUAUACAAUCCUGUGAAAAACUAAGGAUUGAUUUGUGAUUCAGUAGCUUAUAGAUCCACCUUCAGCAGCAAUAACUCAGAGUAACUGUUUUUUGUAUGACUUUGUCAUGGUUGUGAAAAAACUUUGCUUCACGUCUUUCGUUUACGUACAGCUCUCUUGAGGAUGCGCCACAGCAUUUCAGUCAGGCUGAGGUCUGCACUUUAAUUCUUGUCUUUUAUUCACCAUGAUGUUGUAGAUUUGCUGCUGUGCUUGGGAUCAUUGUUCUGCUGAGUCAGCGGAUUUGGGCCACGCUUUAACUGCUGGACAGAUGGCCUCACAUUUGACUCUAGAAUACUUUGGAAAAUACUUUGGUAUACAGAGGAGUUUAUGGGAGACUGAAAGGUGUCCUGUGACUGUGAAACAAGCCCAAAUCAUCACCCCUCCGACACCGUGCUUCACAGUUACUGUAGUGUGUUGGUUUUUGCCAGAUGUACUUUUGCACAAUGUCCUUACAUUUGCAAGGACAUUGUUCUUGCAACUUUGCAACCCUAAUCCAUGCCACCAUGUUUAUUUUAGACAGAAGAGACUUUCUUCUGGCAACUUUUUAAACAAACCAUACUUGUUCAGUCUUUUUCUAACUGUAGGCAAGGCAAGUUUAUUUAUAUAGCACAAUUCAACAGCAAGAUGAUUCAAAGUGCUUUACAGAGACAUUAAAAAGCAAAAACAAAUAAAAAGCUUGAUUUAAAAUGAGAAAAAAAAGGAACAGUAGAUAAAAUCAGUAGUUAAAAUGUAAGUUUUGAAAUUUAAGCUUAAAAGUGUGGAUUUGGUGCUUUAUUCAAAUGCAGCUGAGAACAGGUGAGUCUUCAACCUGGAUUUAAAUAAACUGAGUGUUUUCUUUCUGGCAGUUUGUUCCAGAUAUAUGGAGCAUAAAAGCUGAAUGCAGCUUCUCUGUGUCUGGUUCUGACUCUGGGAACUGAUAAAAAACCAGAUCCAGAUGACCUGAGGGAUCUGGAAGGUUCAUACUGGGUCAGGAGGUCACUGAUGUAUUUUGGUCCUAAACCAUUCAGAGCUUUAUAGACCAGCAUCAGAACUUAUGAAUGAGCUGUAGCUGUCUGACUGAUUUUUAGGUGGACCUGUAAAGAUGCUGUUACAGUACUGUACUGUCAUGAACUUCAACAUUUACCAUGCUAUCUGUCGCCCGAGAUCUGGCACUGGGUUUUUUGCGGUUUCAUUGAGCAUUGCACCGUGUGACCCUGGCUGAAUUUCCUGGGACGUUUACUUCUGGGAAUAUCAUGGUAUUAUGUUAACACAUAUCUGAAUGCUCCAGACCAACAAACUGCCAAAUCGUCUGCUUUUAUAGAGGUGCUCACACUCCUGGCUGUCUAUUAACUGGAGUUUCCCCUGAUACAUCCAUUGGGAUGUGAGCGUGUGCGUGAAUGUUAGACAAGGUGUUUGGGUACAGAAAAAGCAUGUGUGUGAUUGGGUGAAGGAGGUAGCAAAAAAGCACUUUGAGUGCCCAGUUACAGUAGAAACGUGCUGUAUAACUCCAUUUACCAUUUGAUUCAUGUGGAAGCAGUAAAGAUUUACUUAGUAUCUCACAGGACUGCUUAGAGUCCCACAUGACUGUGUAACACGUACCCAUAUUUAAGCUGUAUGUCAGCAGGAACCAGGAUUAUAACCUUAUGUGUAUUUAUAUUUUGGGUGACUCAUCACAGAUUAGGAAGUUACCAUCUUCUUUACCUGUGCAGGUGGCAAGAGGAUGCAGGUGAGGCUGGAGAGACAUAAGAAACAAUGAGAGGAGGUGGUAGAUUGCUCGGAGGUUGCCUUUUGUCUUUAUUUCAUUGUCAUUUGUUAAUAAGAUUUUUGUUAAUAAAUGUCAC